AGAUCCUGCGUGUAUCGCCGCAGUUGAAGUGCACGAGGUAAGCAAAGGGAAAGCGAGUGGGCUGAGCACGGAACUGCCACUUACUGCUUUCUCCUUUCUUCUUUGCUUCUUCGGCUCCGCUCUCUUCCUCCUCUUCGUUUUCAGUUUGUUUUUGUUCUGCCUUUCAUCGCACGUCGAUUUCGCCGGAUCAAGCGCGACCGCCAACACCACCACAUACACAAACCGACAGGACAAAGAGAAGAAGAAGAAAUCCAAGAUGCCGCCGCGCAAUGCAAAGCGCGCACCACCGCCGAAGAACCGCGGAAAGAACUCGAGCAGCCACCCGCGUAGUGACAGCCGCGUUCCCAAGAACGCGAGCCGCACGAGCAGCAACAUCAGAAUUAGCAGCGCGGCGCCUAUCAGCUCCCCGCCUGCCCGUCUGUCAAAGCUGUGGUCCACCGGUCGGCCUCCACCGGUGCGGGCAUCGGCGUACAGCGGCAGGUACGACAACAACACCACUGGUGGUCCCGUUACGACAGUAGCAGCAGCAGGAGGAGGAGGACAAGGUGACGGGGCCGCCUUGAACGCGUCGCAGGGCUUUGCGUACCUCUCACCAGAGGUGCUCGCGGCAGCCCGCCUCGCCUCCACCACGACCUCAAUAACAACCUCACCACCGCCACCACCACCAUCGCCGCCGUUGCGUUCUCCCGCGAUGCGAGCCGCCUCAUCUGCCGAGUCCUCGCUGGCGCGACUGCGUGCGCUGGCCAGUGGGGUCGCCUCUCUAGCUCUUUCCCCCGCUUCGCUUCCUUCACCAAACUUGUUUAAGAAUGAGGAGGCAUUGCCGCGGUCGUUGCCGCCGCUAUCGCAGCCCCCCGCGCAGGGCUUCGCGGAGUCGCCCUCCUCGGCCGCCCCUGCGACACCCUACACCCCCGACCUCGUGCGCCGCCUCGCCGAGCUCAACGGCACGCCCUACGCACAGGCGCUUUCUGUAUUGCACGUUGAUCGUUUGAAGCGCUCUCGUGGUGCUGGGGAUACUGCGGCAACGGCUACUGCUGCCCAACCGGCGCCCUUGUCGCCCGAUCAGCUGUCCUCGCUAGGCCACAACGAAGAAGACGAGGAGGCGCUGGCUCGCUCCUCUACGCCGCACGCUUCUUUCCGUAGCGCCGCCGCCGCAGGAGACUGGGUCAGGGCCCUCGGCGACGGGGGCAACCUCGAGAAUGAAGAGGAAGCCGAGGGCGGCGCACACCGCAGCUCCCCCCAGCGUCAACUGCAACCGCCACCGCGGCCUCUCACAGCCGCCGCCCGACUCGAUCGCCUCCGGGCCACGUCCGCGUCGGACCCGCUGUCCACCCCUCCUCUUCCUCUUCUUCCUUCGGUGGUCUCUCAGGUGGCCUCGACGGCGUCUCUUCCGCCCGCUUCCUGUGGCGCCUUCGACGUGACAAGUCGGCUGGCGGAGCUGCGCCAGCGGGCGACUGCUUCGUCAGCCAGUCCGGCGUUUGGGUUCGCCGGUGGCACCUCUUCUCCGCCGCCUCCGUCCGCUCCUCCUACCACCACCUCGGUGGCGUCCACGGCGGCCAUCGCGGGUGCUCCGCCGACCUGUUUUAUGAACCUAGAGCGUAUGCGGGUGGGUCACGGGUCCCUAUCAUCGUCAUCCUCCAGCAACACCCACAUCACCCACGACACGCACAACGACCCCUACGGCGUCAAUCGCCAGAUCAACCACACGACUGCUACCGCUGAUUCCUCUCAGAAGUGUCAUGCGUCGUCCGCCAGCGGUGCCCGCGGCAGCGUCGACCAGGUGCCUCCGUACAAUCUUCUGGUGGCAGGAGUGAGGCGACACGAGGAGACAGACGGACGUGCAGGCGCGACGCCGCCAACGUCGCCGGUGCCACCGAACUCCAUCGACGCGGAGCUACAGGAGGCAAGUGAACUGCGCAGUUUAAAUGCGCACCUGCAGCGGUACUGCGAUGCGGCGGCGGCGGCGCAGUCCCUGCAUCCCCUCCCCGCGCACACAGACGCGACGGCAGCGGCAGCGUCUUUCCCCUCCUCCUCCGUCGUGUCCAAGGCGAAGCGUGCGGUGCGGCGCUCGCAGCGACGGCAGUCCGCCGCGGCCGCCAAGAAGGAGACGGCGGUGGCGACCCUCGUGAAAGGCUGCAAGUCGGGCCAGCGGCUCAACAGCGGCGAGGUGGGUGGUGUCGUUGGGAGCCGCACCUCACCGCUGCCGCUGCUGUCGUCAUCGCAGGUGGUGGCGCGGCUGCGUCGGUUGGCCGCACCGGUGCCGAUCGGAGAGGCGGUGACCGCAGAGACGCCCCCACCACCACCGCCGCCGCCGCUGCCCGCAUCGUGGUCGUCAUCGUCGCCCUUCGCGGCCCUCGCAUCUCCUAGCUUGUACGGGAUGCUGAGCGACGCCGCACGGCACCAAGGACACGACAGCACAGGUGAAGACGGAGGCCUCCACAUGAAGAAGGGUAAUGGUGAGGAUGGAGCGGCGACAGCCCGUUCGAAUGCAGAGGUGCAGCCGCCUCCGCUAACUUCCGCAGCUCUUCCUGUCUACAAUUACCCGUCCACCACACGGCCCCCUUCAACGCCCGACCUGCGGCGACUACCGGCCUUCUCCAGCUGUCGUGCGCCGCGUGACCUCCCGCUGCCGGCCACCUCGCAGUGCAUCGUCUUUGACACGUCCUCCCUCUUGGACUCCGAGCCGGGGGUGUUGAACCUGCUGCUGGAGCGCGCGUACAUCGGCAUUCCCUUUAAGGUGCUGGACGAGUUGGAUUACAUGCACAAGGGUGGCGUGGGCGGACCCGAGAUCAGCAGCGGCGUCGCUGCGCUGCGGCCGGGACUGAGAGGCGGCGGCGAGGUGGGCUCGAGCAACGGCAACAGCAGCGGCGGCGGAACCCACGAUCGCGAGUGGCGACGCAAGCGGGCGCACGACUUGCGCAAUUGGAUUGCGGCGUGCGUCAGUGGCUCGCACGGUCGCCUGCUGCUGCAGAAGCGCACGGACGUGAUUGAGGCGUACGAUCGGCGGACCGCCAACAACGAUGAUCAAAUCCUCGGUUACGCCGUGUACUUGCGCCGACACCGCGAGAAGGUGAUCUUUGUGACUGAGGAUAAGUUCCUGCGCAUCAAGGCCGCUGCGGAGAUCGGGAAGGCCUACUCGUACCAUGAGAUUCGUCAGAUGGUCGGCAUGCCGGCGAUGCUGCCGAGCAGCAGCACCAGCAGCAGCGGCGGCAACAGCACCACUGUUCGCAGAAUCGCACUGAGGAGAAAUCAUCGAAAGAAGUAA